AUGCUCGAGGCGAAGACUGGUCUGCAAUUGGAGUUGUCAUGUAUCGAUUCAGCUUUGGACAAGUCAGCGGAAGCAUACUUUAACAAAUUUGGAUUAUGUGACAGACCAACGGCACAUCCAAAAAAUCCGUCAGAGUCUGACUGCCUAUAUCUUUGGACAUCCAUAUUCAGGAUCUUAAUGGAGAAGAUACAAAUCAAGACUGGCGAGACAAUGUUGGAGGCAUCGAAGGUCAUGAAGAAACUGCAGCAAAUGGAGCAUGGGGAGGUUACCGACGCUGGCAAGAGAGUUAAUUGUAUCUUCGUUGCUGGAGGAAUAGAGAUUUCUAAUAUCGAGUUUAAGCGACCGAAUGUCAGUGGAGCGGAAGUGGCAAUUCAAAAUAGAAAGAAUGUUCGACUGGCCAGAUGCAUCCAGGAAGGGCUUGCCUCGUUCGGCGUAAAUGAGCCUGUGGUCUAUAUGGCUGAUGUACAUGUACAAGGUUUUACAGGGAUUUUCUACCGCGUGCGUCCUAUGGGGGACAUUGCAGUCGCAGGCACAACAACCGAAGAGGUGGUAAACCUUCCUAGCACUGUUGGCGGACUUAGAGAGUUCUUGGAGGACUCAUCUUUACCAAUAAUUUGGAGUUACAUUGCCAAGCUGGAGGCGCACGUACCAGCUCUCAAGAUAAUAAAAGAGCAAAAUGAAGCUCGUCAAGCGAGGAGGGGCAUGGCUAAGCACAUUUUCCGCUCGUCCACCCCUCCACUAUCAUUGACGUACGAGCGACAGAUUCAAAGGACGAAAGAGCAUAUUACAAAUACCUUUGAAGUGUUAAAGGGUCAUUAUGAUCUUUGA